AUGUGUUGGUACACCGACAGUGUCGACAACUCGUUCGUCAUUGAUUAUGUACCAGGAUAUAACAAAGGUCUAUUUGUUGCAUCUGGUGGAUCAGGUCACGGAUUCAAGUUCUUACCAGUACUAGGCAAACACGUUAGAGCGUCCGUCCCAGGUCAACCUGCAAAUGGUAUCGAAGAAGGUGAGGAAUCAGGUAGAAAUUUGGCGGAUCUGAUCAUCGCAGAGGAGAAAGACUGGUUGUGGACGAAAGAGCAUAUCCUAAAUGAGGGCAAGCAGGAUGACGGUGAUGUGGAUAAAUUGGCUUCGGAAGUUCAAAAGGUGUUGGUAUCUGCGUAA